AUGCCAGACAACCUCAAGAGUAUCAUUCAAGCUUUCAAAUACAAAGAGAGUGAAGGUGGGGAUUCCAACAAGAUCAUCAACGUUAGCUCAUCCAAGGUAACCAAACAGUCGCGAACGGAAAAGAGCCCACUGAAGAGCCCACUGAAGAGCCCGCUGAGGAGCUCGAGGUCCAAAAAGAUCAUCGACACGUCCCUCUUGCCAGACCUAAGACACUCCCUCGCGUCCGACCUCGAAGUUGUAUUCGUGGGAUAUAACCCGGGGGUCCAAUCGUCGAUCCAGCAACACCAUUACGCGCACCACUCCAACUUGUUCUGGAAACUUUUCAACCAAGCUCACGUGUUGGAGAAAGUAGUCACGGGGACGAACCAAAUGAACCUGGAUGACGCGUACUUGAAACAACGACUCACGCACGGGUGCAGCGCCGUUCACGAUUUCGAGUUGAUUAAAUACAAGAUUGGAUUCACCGAUCUCUCUUUGCGAUGCACCGCCAGAGCCGAGGAGUUGACGCCGCAAGAGAAAAUCGGCAAUAUACCCCGUCUCAUUGAAGAGAUCAACCAGAGCAACCCCAGGAAAAUCGCCCUUAUUGGGAAGGGGAUCUGGGAGACUAUUGUCAAGUUUUACAAGCAGGAGCUAGGGUUGAAGUUUCAGCUCACAAAGGAGAAUUUUCAAUGGGGCCAGAUCAAGCUUGGCCACGAUAAGCAGUAUAAUAAGCUAAUUGAACAUAUAUAUUCCCAGUUGCCGUUGCGGACUAUUAUAUUUGCAUUCCCUAGUACGUCUGGCUUGGUCGCUAGUAUGAAGUUUCCUGAAAAAUUGAAAUUGUGGCAAGAAAUGGCCAAUUGUUAA